GCGCCUCAGUCCGGCUGUGCUGUCCGCCGCCUCGGGAGCCGACCGAGCCCGCGAGCCGCUCCUGCUGGCGCCCUCCGCUCGCUGUCGCCGCCUUCACUGAGGAUGAGUGGCCGUGCGGCGGCGUGCCGAGCCCGCGGAUCUCACCGGCGCAGUUUCAUCUAGCGACUGGUCACCCUCGCAAUUAUGGAUAUUUAAAAGGAUCAGACAGUGUGGAGGGGGAGUUCCCCUCCUCACUCCCCCUUGGUGCUGGACUCCAGGAAUCAUUUAUGAACUGUGGAAUUUUUUUUAAAAUGAACUUGUAUUUGGUAUGAACUUUAUAGAGCUAUUUACAUUUUUUGAUUUAAGGGUCAAAAAGAUUAUACAAAGAUAUAUAGUUUUAUAAUAUAAUAUUGCUGUGAAGAUCUCCAUUAUAACCCCCAGAGGGUAACUUAUUCUCUGUAAUUCUUCCUGAAUUGCCCAUUUGUGUCCUGGCUUUUCCAUUUUUAAAAACAGUCUUAGCUGAUUAUUCUGCAGAAAUAAACAAUUAGGAUGAGCUCUCCCCUCCCCGACUGCACGUCCAAGUGUCGGUCCCUGAGGCAUGCUCUGGACAUCCUUUCCGUUGUGACAAAGGGGAGCGACAGCCAGAUCAAGGCUUUUCUCCCCAGCUACUGCCACAAUGCGGCCACCAUCAGAGACGCCUUUGGCAGGAAUGCCCUCCACCUUGCUUCCUCCUGUGGGAAGAGGGGCGUGAUAGACUGGCUGGUGGAGAAAGGAGUGGACCCGCUGGUGAGAGACCUGGAGUCGGGCUGGACAGCGCUGCACAGGAGCACCUUUUAUGGGCACAUUGACUGCGCCUGGGCUCUGGUGAAGCAUGGUGUUAGUCUGUAUGUACAAGAUAAAGAAGGCUUAUCAGCUUUGGAUCUUCUAAUGAAGGAUAGACCAGCUCAUGUAGUAUUCAAAAGUACUGAUCUUACAGAUGUGUAUACCUGGGGUGAUAAUACAAAUUUUACUUUGGGUCAUGGAAGCCAGAAUAGCAAAAACCAUCCAGAGCUGGUGGAUCUGUUUUCCAGGAGUGGUGUUUACAUCAAGCAGGUGGUGCUUUGUAAAUUUCAUUCAGUGUUUCUGUCUCAGAAGGGCCAGGUUUACACCUGUGGUCAUGGACCUGGAGGACGGUUAGGCCAUGGAGAUGAACAGACGUGCUUGGUUCCCAGACUUGUGGAAGGCCUGAGUGGUCACAGCUGUUCCCAGGUGGCAGCUGCUAAGGAUCACACUGUCGUGUUAACCGAAGAGGGGUGUGUUUAUACGUUUGGGCUAAAUACUUUUCAUCAGUUAGGAAUUACUCCUCCACCUUCCAGUUGUAACGUCCCCAGACAGAUGCAGGCAAAAUAUCUGAAAGGAAGGACAGUUAUUGGAGUGGCGGCGGGCAGGUUUCACACAGUGCUGUGGACUAGAGAAGCUGUCUACACACUGGGACUAAAUGGUGGCCAGCUGGGUUAUUUACUAGAUCCCAAUGGAGAAAAAUGUGUAACUGCUCCUCGUCAAGUCUCUGCCCUUCAUCAUAAGGACAUUAAUCUGUCUUUGGUUGCUGCAAGUGAUGGGGCAACAGUCUGUGUUACCACAAGGGGAGAUAUUUACUUACUUGCAGACUAUCAGUGCAAGAAGAUGGCAUCGAAACAGCUGAAUUUGAAAAAGGUUCUUGUAUCUGGGGGUCGGAUGGAAUACAAAGUGGAUCCUGAACACUUGGAAGAAAAUGGGGGUCAAAAGCUCUGCAUUCUUGCGAUGGAUGGAGCUGGAAGGGUAUUUUGCUGGCGGUCACUGAACAGUUCUCUGAAGCAGUGUCGUUGGGCCUAUCCUCGGCAGGUUUUCAUUUCUGAUAUUGCUUUAAGUAGAAAUGAGAUUCUGUUUGUUACACAAGAUGGAGAAGGAUUUAGAGGAGAAUGGUUUGAAGAAAAAAGGAAGAGUUCUGAAAAGAAAGACAUUUUAUCGAAUCUGCAUAAUUCCUCAUCAGAUGUGUCUUGUGUAUCUGAUACAAAUACUAUGUAUGAAAGAAUUCGACUCGAGAAACUGACUUUUGCCCAUAGAACUGUGAGUGUCAGCACAGAUCCAAGUGGAUGUAACUUUGCAAUCCUGCAGUCAGACCCUAAAACAAGCCUUUAUGAAAUUCCAGCCGUGUCCUCAUCAUCCUUUUUUGAAGAGUUUGGCAAGCUGUUAAGGGAAACAGAUGAAAUGGACAAUAUCCAUGAUGUGACAUUUCAAGUUGGCAGUAGAAUCUUCCCUGCUCAUAAAUAUAUUUUGGCAGUGCGUGCUGAGUUUUUUCAGAAAUUGUUUCUUUCAGAUGGUACUAGUUUAGAAUUUCCAGAUAUUUACAGGAAAGAUGAAGAUUCUGCAGGAUGCCAUCUCUUCGUAGUAGAGAAAGUCCAUCCUGAUUUGUUUGGAUGCAUUUUACAGUUCAUAUAUACAGAUACUUGUGACUUUUUAACUCAUGACUUCAAACCAAGAAUACACAUAAGCAGAAAACCAGAAGAGUAUCAGGACACUCUGAAUUCACAGAUGAAUAAGAUGAAUUGCUAUGAAGAUGAUAGUCCAAAGUCAACAUUUGAAGUUUACAAGAGUAAUCAAACUCAUACGAUUAGUGAAAGACAGAAAAGCAAACCCAAAUCUUUGAGAAAAGGAAAAAGUAUUGGGGAGGAUGAUCCUGUACGAAUGCUGCAGAAUGUUGCAAGAAAAUUUGGCCUCAGUAAUCUGAGUAGUAGGUUAGAUGGAGUCAGAUUUGAAAAUGAAAAGAUUAAUGUUAUUGCCAGGAAAACUGGUAAUAAACUGAAACUGAGUCAGAAAAAAUGUUCUUUUCUAUGCGAUGUGACCAUGAAAUCAGUGGAUGGAAAGGAAUUUCCUUGUCACAAAUGUGUCCUUUGUGCUAGACUUGAAUAUUUUCAUAGUAUGCUGAGUAGCUCCUGGAUUGAGGCUUCCAGUUGUGCAGCUCUGGAAAUGCCAAUACAUUCUGACAUACUGAGAGUUACUUUGGACUACCUCUAUACUGACGAAGCUGUGGUGAUAAAAGAAUCUCAAAAUGUGGAUUUCAUUUGUAGUGUUCUUGUGGUGGCUGAUCAGCUUCUUAUAACUCGAUUGAAAGAGAUUUGUGAAGUAGCAUUAACUGAAAAACUUACCCUGAAGAAUGCUGCUAUGCUACUGGAAUUUGCAGCUGUAUAUAAUGCUGAGCAGUUGAAACUGUCCUGCUUACAGUUUAUAGGACUGAAUAUGGCUGCGUUACUUGAAGCAAGGUCUCUUGAUGUUUUAAGCGAUGAGGUUUUGAAGGAUCUUUCUUUAUUUUACCGAAAAAUGAUUCCGGCAAUGGAUAGAAGAGUCAUUACGCCCUAUCAAGAUGGACCAGAUAUUAGCUAUUUGGACCUAGAAGAUGGUGAUAUCUUUUUGAAAGAAGAUAUAAAUGUGGAACAAAAUUAUUCGGAAACUAUGUUUAAGAAGGCAAAAACAAAAGCUAAAAAGAAGCCACGUAAACGUUCAGAUAGUUCUGGGGGUUAUAACCUUUCAGAUAUUAUUCAGAGUCCACCAUCUACAGGAUUAUUAAAAUCUGGUAAGACCAAUUCUGUGGAAUCUCUUCCAGAGCUCUUGACAUCAGACUCUGAAGGCAGUUAUGCAGGAGCUGGUAGUCCUAGAGAUUUACAGUCACCUGAUUUCACCACAGGAUUCCAUUCAGAUAAGAUUGAGGGGAAAGUUAAACCAUAUAUUAAUGGUGUACCUAACACAUAUUCUAAGGAAGAGGUAAAACCGUGGGAAAAAUCACCAGUACUUAAAAUAUCUGCUCCCCAGCCCAUCCCCAGUAGUAGAAUUGAUAUGACGAGCUCUUCCACUUGGCUUGCUGGCUCUUUCAGUCCUAUCAGCCCUCCUGUUGUGGACCUCAGAACCAUCAUGGAAAUAGAAGAAAACAGACAGAAAUGUGGAGCUACACCAAAGUCAAAUUCUGGCAAAGUGAUAUCUCAUGGGGUUAAACUUUCCCAGAAGCAAAGAAAAAUGAUCGCAUUAACCACCAAAGAACACAAUUCAGGAACAAGCAGCCUGGAAACAGCUGUGACUGCUUCUUCAAAGGCUCCCAAACCAGUGAAGGCCUGGACAUCUUCUCUGCAUUCAUUUUCAUCCAAGUCAUUCUGGGAUUUCUCUUUAGAAGACAGAAAAUCUGUCAUUAACCAUAAUGCAGGGGAUCAUGUCCAAAAACCUUGCUUUAAAAGAACUGAAGAUUCUCAGGCUCCAAAAGUUAUAAGAUGCUCUAGUCAUGGUACCUCAGGACCAGAAGGCACCCGCAUCCCAGAUUUACGACCUCCAGACAGUCCCAAUCCCUGGCUGUCCUCUUCAUUGACUGCUUCAGUGGUAGCUCCAGUCACUUUUGCAUCUAUUGUGGAGGAAGAGCUACAGCAAGAAGCAGCUCUUAUCAGAAGUCGAGAAAAACCCUUGGCUCUGAUUCAGAUUGAGGAGCAUGCAAUCCAAGAUUUGUUGGUUUUUUAUGAGGCAUUUGGCAACCCUGAUGAGUUUGUCAUUGUUGAAAGGACAACGCAGGGACCACUGGCAGUGCCGACGUGGAAUAAGCGUGGCUGCUAGUUCACCAUGGCGUUGAGAUGCAUUUUCAUGAUUUGUGAUUGCUGUGGCAGUAUGAACAGAUUUGGUAAUAGACCAUUCUAGAUAAGAAAGGAUCUAAUUUCUUUACUGUAGUUUAUAAUGUUUGUAUGAGUACAAAAAGAAAUUUGUCAAAAUUGUGAUUUUUAGUAACUUUUUAUGUGAAACUAUCAGGGGAAAUUGACUAAGUUUGAAUAAGAUUGCUUCUUCUGAAUAAUCUUACUGAAAAUAUGAAUGAAAUACAUAAUUUCAGAGUGAUAUACUAAGAAAUAACUUCAUUUGAGAGAAAUAAUUUAGGAGUUUUUGUCAUUUAUCUAUUGUCAUCACUGAGCUUAAGUUAGCAUACCAGUCAUGACUUCUGAUUCAUUCAUGGCCGUCUUCCUGCACGAUUUGCUACAAUAUUACAUCUCUGUUCUUGUGGCUUUUUAAUUAAGAUGUUAAUGUUCAGAUCUGUUUAGAGCCUGACCUGCAUGAGUGUCAUAUUUCCUUCUCAAUGGCACAUUAUCUCUGUCUCACUCUGU